AACAUGGCGGAUCCGGAAGGAGAGUCACUAGAAUCGUGGCUUAACAAAGCCACAAACCCUUCCAACAGACAGGAGGACUGGGAAUAUAUUAUUGGCUUCUGUGAUCAAAUCAAUAAGGAGCUUGAAGGUCCACAGAUAUCAGUGAGAUUACUAGCACAUAAAAUCCAGUCGCCGCAAGAAUGGGAGGCGUUACAAGCACUGACUGUCUUAGAAGCCUGCAUGAAGAACUGUGGGAGAAGGUUUCAUAAUGAAGUUGGAAAGUUUAGGUUUUUAAAUGAACUGAUCAAAGUAGUUUCCCCGAAGUAUUUAGGAGACAGAGUGUCAGAGAAGGUGAAGAUAAAAGUAAUAGAGAUGCUGUUCAGUUGGUCCACUGCCCUGCCAGAUGAGACAAAGAUCACAGAGGCUUAUCAGAUGCUAAAGAGGCAAGGCAUCGUGACGACAGAUCCAGAAGUUCCUGCGGAUAAGACUCUGAUUCCCUCACCGCCUGACCGGCCUCACAAUCCCGUCUUUGAAAACGAGGAGAAGAGUAAACGUCUUGCUGAACUUCUGAAAAGCAAAAAGCCAGAGGAUCUGCAGGAGGCCAACCGGCUCAUCAAGAACAUGGUGAAAGAGGACGAAGCAAGGGUGCAGAAAGUAGCCCAGCGCACCAGCACUUUAUUGGAGGUGAACAACAGCGUCAAACUACUGAAUGAAAUGCUGCGGCACUUCAGUAAAGACCAGUCUACACAGGCAGACAGAGAGCUUCUUAAGGAUUUGCAUGAUGACUGUGAUAAACUGAGGACGACGGUGUUCAAGCUGGCCACAGAGACCGAGGACGAUGACAGCAGCUUAGGUGAAAUCCUACAGGCGAGUGACGAUCUCUCACGUGUUAUUAACUCUUACAAGAGCAUAGUGGAAGGACAAGCUGUCAACACUGACACGCCUGGAUCUACAACAUCAGAACGUACCGAUAAUGGAAGCUCCUCAGAGAUCUUAAUAGACUUGGCUGGUUUGGACGUUCACACUGCUUCACUGCAGCAUCCUCCUCUUCCAUCAGCUCAAAUCCCAGCUGACCUCUUCAUGUCUCCUCCAGCUUUUGACCCUCCUCCUCCCUACCCCAACUCUUCUUCUGCCCAGCCCGGCUUACAAGUCAACAUAAAAGACAGCCCUAACCGUCCGAUCGCAAGUGAGAAUCCAAAUAGCCUCUCUCUCCUGGAUGAAGAGCUCAUUUCUCUAGGUCUCAGUGAUCCGGUUACAGCUGCAAGCACUCAGAAACAAGAGAAUGAAGACAAUCAGUGGACAGCCUUACAGGCCUCCAAUCCACUGAUGGAUCUCCUCAGCAGUUCUCCUCCAUUAGACCUUCUCCAGUCUGCAGCUCCAGCUACUCCCGAAUCUACCUCAGCUUCAGACAGCAGUCGUGCUUCAGAAUCCUUUGGGGGGGUGGCUCCUUUGGCCUUUCCUGCUCCUGCCCAGUCUGUGUCCACCUCGCUCCAGGAUCUCGCCCUGCUGGACCUGGGAAAACCCAGUGAUCCAGCUGGGCUGGCAAAGGCGGAAUCAGCAUCUUUACCCUGCGAAGGAGGAGGUCCUGCUGUUACGUCCAGCACUAAACCCCCAAACUCAGCCUUCCCCCCAGACAGCCCACUCCUACACCCCCUCUCACCCCCUCUGGUGGCCAGGCAAGGAACUGCAGCCCCUCAGCCUGACCCCUCACUGACCAACGUCUUUGUCCCGCUGGACUCCAUCAGACCCAGUAAAGAAAGCCCAGUGACAGCCUAUGAUAAAGAUGGUGUUUGCGUCCUGCUGCACUUUGCCUCUAACUGCCCUCCUGGACGGCCCGACGUGCUGGUCAUGGUGGUGUCCAUGCUGAACACAGCGCCUCUCCAAGUGAAGAACCUGACACUACAGGCAGCCGUGCCAAAGUCUAUGAGAGUGAAGCUGCAGCCACCCUCAGGCAUGGAGCUGGCCCCUUUUAACCCAAUACUGCCCCCUAGUGCUAUUACACAAGUAAUGCUGCUGGCUAACCCACUGAAGGAGAAAAUGAGGCUGAGAUACAAGCUGAUGUUUGUCCUCGGAGAUCGUCAGUGCUCAGAGACGGGUGAAGUGGAUAAAUUCCCACCCGUGGAGAGAUGGGGCAGGCUGUAGCGUUCGCCUGAGACUCGGAUCCUCAGUCCUGCUUGCAGAUAUCCAUCCUGCAAAGUUACCGUAACAGUCUUUAAGGGAACACUCCAGCAUUUUUCAACCUACUCUCUCUCUGCUGCAUCUUUAUCGUGUGGUUCAUUGAUGGUAGAUUUGCAUUUUACACGCAGGCAUUUGACACUGUUAUCUAGAGCAGCUUGGAGUUGAAUCAUGUUACAGAUGUGGGUGAAAAUAGCAUUAGGAGGACAUCUUGUUGGUGGAGCGUGGCGUUUGUGCCAAGGUGUGGUAUCAAAGCCCAGUCCGCCAUGAGAAGGGCAGCGGUUUUCCCUAGUAGUGGGCAGUAGGGCCGAUAUAUUAAUAAAGUGUGCUUCAUAUUUAUGACGGUUUCAGUAUACAUAUGAACAGUAUAUACAUUUUUACAAAGGAAAUCAUUUCAGAUGAUUCCAUUUUUUUAGUUUAUUAUUGGCUUAUAUUUCAGAAUCGUACCUUUUAUUAAAAAGCGUUUAUAACAUCGGUGCUAAAUGUUGCUUCCUGUCUAAAGAACUUGGCUGCUUCUUCACCAGCUUUUUGCUAGAAUAUUACUUUCCACCUUAAAUGGAGCGGCAUAUGUUCUGGCACCCAUAUAGGCACCACAGUGUAACUACUGGAUCAUUUAAGGUGGAGCAAGCAAUUGGAAUAAGAAGCCAGCAAAUGAAAAAACAUUUCAGGACCAGCUGCUGCCCAGCUUGUUUCAAGACUGCAGCGUCAUCUGGUUCAGUGAUGAGUGAGUCAGGCAGUUCAAGAGGAAACAGAGGCACUCUGGUGUCCAUGCUUGGCUAGUGCAAACCACAAAAAACCAACCACUCAUUUAUAUCUCAAAAACAAAGUCGACUACUUCAUAUUGUAGUACUAGACAGCAGGAAGUGAUCGAGGGUCUCCUGCUUUGUCAAGUUCAUUUAAAAAGUGAAUAAAACAUCCCUGACACUCAGCUAAAGGAGAUAGCAUUAGUGUGGUCUGCGGCGUUUGUAUGCUGCGUUAUCUGCACUUACUUGUGGCGUGCCAGUGUAACGGUUACGACAAAAACUCAAACCUGAGGAGCUACCGCCCACUACUGGUAUUACCCACUGCACUACACCACCAUAAAAUGGCCUUUGCCACAUUUAUAACUGUUUGAACAUAACAAAAAGCCCACUGACUUAAUAUUUGUUAUUAAUAGUAGAAGUCAAUGGGCAGUUGCUGAAUUCUGCAUAUAAAUGUUAGAAAUAUGUGCCUAAUGUGAAUUUGAGUCUCUAGCUGUUUUACUCUAACAGUACAGGUGUUAGGAUGAGACAGAUUGAGACCGUGAGUCAUACCAAGACUGUUCUUAUGAAGUUUUAUCCAAUUUAACAACAGUUAGAAAAUAGUUCUGGUUACUUUCUCUCUCCCUAAGAUUUUCGCUUAUCAGAGUCGAUCACAGCAACAAGGGGAGCAAACUAGUCCUCUCUCUGAAAGAAUUCAUUUGACUGAAGAAUUCAUGAAUGUACAGAAAUACAUGAACCUGUACUGCUGGAAUUCAGCAGCUGCCCAUUAACUUCUGUUAUAAGUGAGCUUCACGCCAUAUUUUCGGUUCUCUUCUAAGUUCUGGGAAACAUGUUGAGAAUUAUUAUCUACGUGAAUCGCCUGUACAGUCCUACAAAGGGUGGUUCUUUAAAAGUUCUUUAGGAAGGAUUGUUCUACAUAGAACCCUGAACACUCAGAGAGCCCUUUGCAUGAUUAAAGGGUUCUUCACGUUGAUGGAAAAUGUGCUGUAUAAAUGUCUAUAGAAAAGAGUUCUGUUGUUAUGAUGUCAAGCUUGUUAAAAUAGAAGAACCCUUUUUGGUGCUAUGUAGAACUCGAAAUUCAAGAAGGUUUUAUGUAGAACCGCCUGUAGCACAUGAUCAAUCUGGCGAAUGUUUCUGCGAUGUAAAGAACACUUGAUCAUGCAAAGGGUGCUUUGAGUGUUCAUGGUUCUAUACAGAACCACUUUCUUUGCUAUAGAACACAUGAAGUACCAUAUUUUUAGUGAGUAUGCUAAAGAUACAGCAGAUGGAGAUGGUUAUAAGCCUUGGACUAUUCCUUUAACCUGCCGAACAGUGUAGCUUCCCAUAGAAGGGACAGCUGGAGCUCAGUGUUUUAUACUAGUGGUUUUCCUGCUGAUGGAUCCCUCAGCCAAACUCUGUCAGACACACGGGGAGACAUUGGAGAUUGUUGUAGGCUGUUUUCUGGAUUUUAUUCAAUCCAGAAAACAGAUUUAGGUCGGAUUAUAUUUGAAAAAAGCAAACCCAAAUCAUUAAACUGUGUGUGUGCACAACUGUGUCAGUAUUGAAGGGAAAUAUCACCCAUUUAUCAAACGGCAUAAUUCAGUCAUUCAGUUGUGGUUUGGUGUAAAAGGGUUCCGAUUUCUUUACAGUGGUGGUGAGAGGAACCAGGAGUCACCGUGGCUACAACACAAAUAUUGAUAUUUUAUUUAUUAUUCAAAACCACCAGUGAACCUACACGAGUCUUCUGAGGUUUAUAUGGACUGUUGAUGAUGGGACAAUAGUGGAAAGUCUGAAAUAAACAAAGGUUUUUUUAUGGGGACAUUUUUGGGGACACUUAUAGUGCCCUGCAGGUAUCCCUCCAUCAGGAAUGGGUUUAAAAAGUACAUUUUAGGAUUAAAUCUUCUUAAAACUAUCGACUGUCUUCUUAAAACAGUGCGUCAGAUAUGAGGCCGCAUAUUUAUAACCAUUCUGUAUGGAGCUUUUAGAGGUGGACGUCUGGUUCCUAUCACCACCACUGUGAACAACUCUGACUCGGUAAGUUUCUCUAGAACAGCAUUUCACACCAAACCACUCUGAGCGACUCGGUUUACAUCUUAACCACUUAAUUAUGCAGGAUUUUUGAAAAAAGGGUAGAAUUUCCCUUUAAGUGCUACUAGCAUUCAUUAAGUUGUUCACACACAAACGCAUUUUCAGAACUGCUUAGCCUUCUGGGUCAUGAGUAAGUUGUAAUUUGGGCUUUAAUGUCCAUCUGAAGGGAGAAAUUACUGAUACUACUGAAGUUAAUUAUGUUACAGAUAAAAUUGCUGCCUUGAAUCUGAGUGAAAUGCAUUUGUGGGUUGAGUUUCACAUUAUAUUUAUUACAGAAUUGUGUCCGGCCAUAAAUUUUUGUAAUAGGACGUUUUUCUAUUUGAGUGAACUUUUCUUUCGUUAUUGUGUCUGUUUGAUGGCUUCAGGUGUUUCUCUGUAUUUAUUUGAUAUGUUUGUGUUUCCUGGCUCUAUCAGAGGUUAUUAUUUAUGCCGUGAAAUGAUAUUUGGUAUUUUAUUAGAGGUACUGCUGUAUCCUGUAGCCCCUCGGGGCACCUGGAGCCCGACACACGUUUUUCUUCCUGCAGCUCCUGAGCAUUUGUCUUUUUUAGAUCUAGUUCUUAUGAUGUGAUGUCAUACAGUAUUACGUUAAGAUGAGUUUGUGAGCUUUGAAAAAAUGUGAACGAGUGAUUAUGAAUCAGAGGAUGAGAGGAUUACUCCUUUUACAGCUUUUGAUCUCCUUCAUCCUUCACCAGUUUUUGGCAGUGGUUUGUGCUGUGGGUUCUCGGCGGAACGUUCUCUGAGUUACUGAUAUUUUGACCCUUUAAACCAUCAAAUUGAUGAUAUGUUAAAACUAACACUGUACAUGUUGGUGUUUGAAAGUAAAAUAAAAGCUCUCUGGGUUUUUUCUCUGGGGUGAAUUUA